AUAUAUUUUAAGAAAUAAACAAUAAUAAUUAAUUACAAGAAGAAUAGGACGAUAAAAAGAAAGAUAGAUAAAGAGAGAAAGAAAAGAAGGAAAGAGAACGUCUAAUAUGCGGGACGUCAUUGGGUCGAGCAAGCGAGCUCCGAGACAAAAUGGGGCCCGUUGAUCGGGCCCGGAAGAGUGCUGGGCUCCGAUCACGAACGGAGGUAUGGAUGUCAUCGGGGACGGGGACGAGCAGACCCUCCAGGCGAUUCUAGGUCGAGGUGACUUCGUUGGAGGAAUUGACAACGAAGCCUUUGACUUUUCGCAGUUGGAGGAUUUCAUUAACAGCGACAGCGAACAACCAGCUACAUAUUUCGCGGACACUCUCGCAGCAGAAGAAAACGGAAGUGGACCGACGAAUCAUGGUGAUCGAAUUGAAGCAACGGGUAGUCAACAAACACCGCAACGUUUACCUUCACCAAUCGUUCACAACCAUGCUGUGUCAAACGCAUGUUCCUCUGGUACCACCACUACCACCGUCCCAAAUGGUACCACCUACAAAGAUCCACAAUCGUACGUUCAUCCACAUCCGUUGCCAGAAAGUCCACCGGACAGUGGAAGCGAACCACCAUAUUCUCCACCUGGACAUCAUGAUCCUCAACACGCUCACUCGCCACAUCAAAAGGCAGCCUUACAAGAAAUACUUUUACAUCACCAAGGUAGUACAUCCAAUUAUCCAGGCAAUUUGUUACCAUCCUCACCAAGAACAUUGGCUACGUCUACCGAUUCCUUGUUGUUGACACAUCCGGUCUUAACUCCUCAUCUUACGUCAGGAACGACGAACUUGUCGACGCAACAACAAAUUGCACCACCCUUAGUACCGUUGUCGCACGAACAUGCUAACGAUGGUAUUAACACCUUGUAUUCGUCUCUUCAGUCAGCACCUAAAAAGAGAAAACUUAGUCAGGAUGGACUCGUCCACGUCAAACAGUCUUCGCAUAAGGAACCGGAACUGGGAACGGUGGAACAUAGUUGCAGCAGUAGUAGUGCUGUUCUCGAUGGUGACGAAGUUGCUGACAGCAAUUACAUUGAUCCUAGUUAUCAAUGUAUUCGAUUUCAUCCUUUUCAACAAACUUCUUGGCACGUACUUUGCGAUCAUAAUCUAAAAGAACUUCCUGUACCGCAUUACAGAGUCGAUGCAGAUAAGGGAUUUAAUUUCAGUAAUUCUGAUGAUGCUUUUGUUUGCCAAAAGAAAAAUCAUUUUCAAAUCACUUGCCAUGCUCAACUUCAAGGAGAGGCUGUAUUUGUUCGAACUGGUGAAGGUCUGAAAAAAAUAAAUAGCUUUCAGUUACAUUUUUAUGGAGUUAAAGUUGAAUCGCCGACGCAAACGAUCAGAGUAGAACAAAGUCAAAGCGAUAGAAGCAAGAAACCUUUUCAUCCUGUUACCGUUGUUUCCAGGGUGGAUUUAGGCGGCGAACGUGUUACGAAAGUAACAGUCGGCCGCUUACAUUUUAGUGAAACAACGAGUAAUAAUAUGCGUAAGAAAGGAAAGCCAAACCCAGAUCAAAGAUAUUUUCAUUUGGUUGUUGGUCUCCAUGCUCAUACAGCGGAUCAAGCUACUUAUCAAGUCGUGGCACAUGCUUCCGAAAGAAUAAUCGUUAGGAACCAGCAACAUUUUGUACAGGCAAGUAAUCCAGGACAAUUUGAAUCUGAGGGUAGUGGCGUUGGAGCUGAAGGGGGAUGGCAAAGAGGUGCAGCAUCUGAUAGCGUUUAUCAUGCAGGCCGAGUUGGCAUUAACACGGAUAGACCAGACGAAGCUCUUGUAAUUCAUGGCAAUAUGAAGAUUACUGGUCAUAUUGUUCAACCAAGUGAUGCAAGAGCUAAACAAAAUGUUCAAGAAGUAGAUACACGGGAACAACUAAGAAAUGUACAACAGCUUCGCGUAGUAAGAUAUCGAUAUGCUCCAGAAUUUGCCUUGCAUUCAGGUUUGGGAAUAAAACCGCAAGAAGAUACAGGUGUAAUAGCUCAAGAGGUACAACAAAUUUUACCGGAAGCUGUACUUCCAGCUGGUGAUAUUGUUCUUCCCAAUGGCCAAAGGAUUGAAAAUUUUUUGGUCGUUAAUAAAGAACGAAUAUUCAUGGAAAAUGUAGGAGCUGUAAAAGAACUUUGCAAAGUAACAGACAGUUUGGAAACUAGAAUAGAUCAACUAGAAAGAAUAAACAAACGCCUUGCUAAAUUAAAAAGAGGCGACAGUCUUAAAAGUUCCGUUAGUACGGUGUCUAGUAUUUCGAGUAAUAAAUAUUCAUCGCCUACUAAUAAUAAAUCGUCUAUUCUUGGUAAAACAAAAAGGAUUGAAAGAGAGGACGAACUUCUAUGCAGUAAUAAAUUUAUACAAAUUAUUAUCGUUAUACUUAUACUGAUCAUGGCAUUUUGUCUGGUUGCAAUGGCAACAUUAUACUUUCUGGAGUAUCAAAAACGUAGUAGCCUUGAAUUGUCUACAAUGGCAAGUAAAGAUAUGGUUGCUGUGAAACCUGUUCAUCCAACCAUGUUAUCAACAACUCCAACAUAUGAUCCUAGAUUGAAUUCUUUAUUACAUAGUACAAUAUCUUCUUUAUUCACAAAACAUGGUCCAUAUACGAGAGGAUUGGACGGUGGAUUACCUUUAAAAAGUAAUUCUUUAACAACACAAUCGCCUAAUACGAAACAGCAAUUAUAUUCUCAAGAAAUAACUUCGUGGUACCCGAUAAAUCAUUCGGGGCCACAACCAAAACUCGAUAAAAAUAACGAAUUUCCUGGGAACUGGUUGAGUAAAAACGGCGCAGGUGCUAUUCCUAGUAACGUAGAUGAAAAUGAUCAAGGAACAGACGUUGAUGCAACAUCUUCGAACAAAGAUCCAAUUCCUUUAGGAAGGCCAAAUGAUUGCCCUGCACAUUUUAGUGAACUCGAAAGUCCAUGUCAGGUUUACUGUUGCUCAGCUGAAAUUCAUCAAUUGGAAGAUCCGCAACCCGAUCAUCCACCAGAGAAAAAAUCUAUUUCAGAUCAUCUGGAGCAACCUUUAAAUAUCCACGAAGAGAAGCGUAAAGUAAGCAAAGGUUUUCAAAAUGGCAUUAAUCCAUCUGAUCCUAGCACACAAACUCUCGUAAAAGAGAACAAUUACAAAUAUCUCCAUAAAAGGACAAAACGAGAAACUGUUGGUGCAGAUUGGGGAGAAGUAGCUAGUAACGCUGCAGGCUCUUUACCACCUGAACCUAAACCCCAAUUGUUUAUUGUUGCCAAAAGCUUUAAUGUCUCCUUAGAUCAACGAUAUUGCUCAGCCGCGUCACCAAAUACUCCCAACAAUAUAAGUUGUAUUAUACCGCUAUCUAAACAUAUGCCCGAUAUGCAUCUUACAUUACAUUUCCUCGGUAUGCCUUGGUUCUGGCAAACGGUGCAACAAUGUCCUGUAUCUUCAACUUCUAUUGACGAGACGAUGAUAUGUGGUUGGACUUAUACUUUACAACAACAACAAACACAGUAUAUUGAAAAUAAUAAUCAACCAGGCGAUCAAUCUUUUCCUUUAGAUGUAGCACAUUAUCUCAGGAAAACGUUAAAAUUUCGUGUACCCACUGUACAACCUCAAGAAAAUAUUUGUAAGAAUCAACAUGGUGUUGAUUAUCUAGAAUUCACAUUGCACUUUUAUCGAGACUGCAAUGAAUAAUUUGGUUACACAUUGAUAUGUUUUACUUGAUCUAGAAAGAGUGACACACAAUUUCGGUGUACAAUUUAAAAUCAAUCUCAACAGUAAGUGAUAAUAUUUACAAUAAAUCUGAUUGUAAAUCUCUCCCGUGCCUUAGCAUACUCUAUAAUUCUUUUUUUUAUCUCCUCUCUCUCUCUCUCUUUCUCUCUCUCUCUCUCUCUCUCUCUCUCUCUCUCUCUCUCUCUCUUUCUCUCUCUCAUAUUAAAAGUUUAAACAAAUAUUUAAUAAAUGGCAUAAAAUUUUGGAACAAUUUGCACAUAGUAUUUUAUAAGUAGUGAUAUAUUUUAUAUAUUUUCAUAACGAUCUAUAACAGAUGUGUCAGAUAUCAUUGUCACAGUGAAAUAUAAUUGUUCAAAACUUUUAAUUUUAAUCUAAUAGAAGUUGGAUGAUAAGUGAUGAAUGUAUGCUAAAAAAAUGAAAGUUUUAAUUUAUAAAUAUUA